CCCCGCCCCCCCGCUCCGAAAGGCACGUUUGUCCCAUCCAUUCUGGACGCAGUUUGGAGAAGAGGCGCUCAAGUUGGGGGAAAAAAACAACAGCAACCCUCCAGCAACCGAGGUCUGAUGCUGAUUGUUGAGCUAAUCAGCAUUCCUGCUCUAGGAAAUUUUGGCACUCAACGUAAUUCCCACAGUAUGGCUGGAAUUCAUCCCUCCGUCUGGCAAGUGGAUCAGCAUCUCAAAAAUUAGAAGAAAUUAUAGUCCCCCUCAGGCAAAGCCACAUGGGUGUGUAAACACAGAAGAUCAAGCUUCUGGCACUCAAGACUGAUUUCUCAUUGGCGGUAACCUGAGGAACAUCAUUUGUCUUCACUCCAAUGUUGCUCUGAAAACAAAAUCUGGAUCAACAACUCUGAACCAUCAGGCUUGCCAAGAUGCCUCAAGAACAGUAUGCCCAGAGAAGCACCAUGCAGAGCUCAGAAGGACCACAUGUAUACAAAGUGGGGAUUUAUGGUUGGCGGAAGAGGUGCCUCUAUUUCUUUGUGCUACUUCUAAUGAUUUUAAUCCUGGUGAAUCUUGCCAUGACCAUCUGGAUUCUCAAAGUUAUGAAUUUCACAAUUGAUGGAAUGGGAAAUCUAAGGAUUACAGAAAAAGGUUUAAAGCUAGAAGGAGAUUCGGAAUUCUUGAAACCUCUCUACGCCAAAGAAAUCCGGUCCAGGACAGGCAACCCUCUGUACUUCCAGUCUGCUCAGAAUGUUACAGUGAACAUUCUCAAUGAGGAGAGUAAAGUUCUUACACGUCUGGUAACAGGUCCCAAAGCAGUGGAAGCCUACAGCCAAAAAUUUCAAGUGCUAACCACUUCAGGGAAAUUGUUAUUUUCUGCAGAUGAUAAUGAAGUGGUCGUUGGAGCAGAAAGACUGAAAGUUUUAGGAGCAGAAGGCACAGUGUUCCCCAAAUCUAUAGAAACUCCUAAUGUCAGGGCAGACCCCUUCAAGGAACUAAGACUUGAGUCUCCAACACGCUCUUUGGUGAUGGAGGCUCCCAAGGGAGUUUUGAUCAAUGCUGAGGCUGGCAACCUGGAAGCAACGUGCCGGACGGAGCUUAAGCUGCAAUCCAAAGAUGGUGAGAUAAAGUUGGAGGCUUCAAAAAUCAAACUACCUAGAUUGCCUCAGGGAUCCUACUCCCCUUCAGGAUCCAAUCAAAAAAUCUACGAGCUGUGCGUAUGUUCCAAUGGGAAGCUGUUUCUGUCCCAGGCUGGAUCUAGCUCCACCUGCCAGAUAAACCCAAGUAUCUGCCUUUGAAAGAGACUGUUUGCAGCAGACUUCAUGGCAAGACAGUUAAGCUGCCACUUAAUUUUGCUAGAACACAGAAAGCCUAUCAAAGACUUGUGUGUAUGUUUGGGGGGAGGGGGCGUGUGCGUGCAUGUGUGUGUGUGUGUGUGUGUGUGUGUGUGUGUGUGUGUGUGAAUAUAUAAAUAUAUAGAUAUAUAUAGAUAUAAGUAUAUAUAGAUAUAUAUAUCCUUUCCAUAAAAUGAGGUUUCAGUACAAGAAAUUCCAGGGUGACCCUCUUGGUGUAGCAUUUAUCACUACUGCAUCAAAAUGUAAGAACUAUGAGUGAACUGGAUGCAGAUCUUUUCCAGAGUUUCAGACUGUUGAACGUAUGUCUCCAUUUGUCAAGGGUUUUCAAGCCUCUCCAAAUUUAAAGGCUAGUUCACAUGUAACAUUUAAUCUACAUAACUCUAAGAAGAAAUUCAAUCAUGUCACAAGAGACUGCACCCAUGUUUAAUCUGCUGUGUGCAAAGGCACUAGAUCUGCAAUUGUGGUUUCCCCAGCUGUCUAGGAAAAGGAAAUACGGAGGUUAUGUUUAUAUGAUGCUGAACACAUAUUCCUGUUGGUGCUGUUGGUUCUUCUGUGGCCAUAUAGAUAUCUGUCUCUGUGGAGAAAGUGUAUAAAGACAACCUAAACAUGAAACCAAAAAAGCAAAGGCAACCCUCCUCAUGAAGGUAAGAAACUAAAAAAGAAGGCAGAAUAUAUCCAAGCGACAAAUAAAGACUUUCAAUAAACAGAAGAGCAGAACGAGUUUAAAACAUAUAUAAAACAAACCACUCUUAGAGCGGUUUACAGAGUCUGCAUAUUGACCCCAACAAUCUGGGUCUCCAUUUUUCCAAUCUCGGAAGGAUGGAAGGCUGAGACAACUUUGAGCCAGUCACGAUCAAACUCCAGGCUAUGAGCAGAGUUAGCGUACAAUGCAGCAUUCUAACCAGUGCGCCACCCAGUGGUGGGAUUCAAAUAAUUUAAUAACCAGUUCUGUGCCCUAAUUAUUUCUUCCAAAAACCAGUUUGCCAAACUGCUCAGAAAGUUAACAAUCUUCGGUUCUCCCGAAGUGGUGCAAACUGGCUGAAUCCCACCACCAUAUAUCAUAUAAUCAGAAGAGGCUUUAAGAAGGGCCUGGGAAUGGUAUCUUGGAAGCAAACCAUCUGAUCAUUAGAAACAUUCCCUGCAAAAAAAAAAAAUCUAAUUUUUUUUAACUCGUUUAAAAAAUAGUGAUUAAGGAACAAUGGUAGCAGCAAAAAGAAAAACCUUUUCAAUCACACUGUUAAAACCAAAAACCUAAAAUGAAUUGCACUUCAGAAAAGGUGAUAGGAAGCACCGCUUCUUUGCAUCUUCUAUCGUGGAAAAGGCAGAUGAUUCAGGCAAUUGAUUCCUUAGCUGAUCCCCAAAUGCGUUUGUAAUAGUCUAGGAAAUAGAUCUGAUCUAUAACUUCCGAGAUUUGGGGGAACACAUCAGUUAUUGGUUACUCUUCUAACAAGCUUGAAACUUCAAGCCAGUUUUGAGGCUUUCUGAUCCAGAGUACACCAAGAACUUCCUAGCAAGUCAGCUGAAUUCAGUUUAAAUAACAUUCUCACUACUGUUUUCAGUAGAGUUUGGAUUAAGCCAUUUCUAAAUAUAAUUAGGUGCUUCAAGUCAUUGGUUAAAAAGACUUGAAGACACCAGUAAAGUGCACUUUUGAUGGACAGUAAAAUGUGUAGUUACAGAUUAGAUUUGCGAUGCAAUCCUAGACAUUCUUACUCAGAAAUAAGGUCAAAUACGCUCUAUGAGAUUUACUUUACAUAGUUAAGGGUGCAGCCUUAGUGACUAUAUCAAGUCUUUAAAGCAUUGGCUAACUCGGUGGUUGUUGCAAAGUAUUUUUUGAGCUACUUAAAUGCAAGGGGGUCACCCGGGAUAAUAAUUGUAUUGGGACACAACUAUAUACCAUCUCUGUUAAAAGAGGGAGACUUGUGCCUAUGCCUUAAGUCAAUGCACUCAGCAAGGAGAAGCACAUCAAUAUUUAUCUUAUUAUUAAAACCAUUUUAUCUGAUAUUUUAGACUAAAUGUUGGAAAGAAUGGUGAUUGUAAUGUUUGGAAGAUGAAUGCGGACUUAUGAGGUAGACUUAACUAAAACUGCCAAGGCUGAGAGGCACUGGUAACCUCAAUCUUAUUUUUGUCUGAGUAAUGAACAUCUAAAUUUAUACUGAAGGUACAACUUCAAAUCAUCAGAUGUGUUUGUGAACUGUGUUUUUGCUUUUGUUGUUCAUUUCAUACUGAAUAGUGAUUCACUGUAAGACUCAUUUCAUUAAGGAACAUUUGUCAGGGUGCCCAUGAUGGUAAAUGAACUCGGUGUUGCAAAGAAAAUAGUCAUAUUGCAAUGUGACAAGGUUUUAUCUUUUCUUCUAUCAUCAAUUUUACCGAUAAGGAAAGAAGCAGUUUUAUUGAAAUGAACUGCAGGUGUCUGGGUAUUUGCUUCUUUGUUUCUGAAGGGCUUAACUUUCUGCUAGUUUAGUCUGUAUAUUAAUUUGGCUCCUGAUCUUUAGUUUGGUUGUUAACUAAAUUGACAGUAAUGAAGAAUGUUUAUGGUGAGAGAAAAAAUACAACAGCAAAAAUAAGACAAACAAGCCGUUCAACAACAACCAUCAAAUGGUCUUUAGAAUCUACAGUAAGCUUAGGUGCUGAAUUUGGUUAGUAAUUUAAAUUAGGCUCCCCACAAACAAAUCCUCAUCACAUAAACAGGACUCUAAAGUCCAUUAAUUCAGCCAACAUAGCUAUUAAUGAACAUUGGGUUAGAAAAAGCUGCUUAAAAUAUGGGAGAAAUUUGCCAUCCCAAAAGCAACAAAAGCUCUCAUUGGAAAAGAUGUUAUCUGCUUCCUUUGCUAAAAACUACUAGGCUUUAAUUUAUUGUUCUUUUAUCACAUGUGAGAAGGUGUUUUGAUAUUUGUAAAAUUACAUAGAGUCAUAGAAAACAUUUUCCUCUUUCUUUGCUUUUUCCCAAUCUAAGUUGUAGGAUGCUUAAAUUUUCAAAGUAUGAUUUGUAUGCAGUGUAUACUUGUACAUAAAAUCCCAAUAAUAAUGUCAUUUUUUAACCACAAUGGUGGUU